AAAUGAAGGGUGAGAGAUAUAAAAUUAACUAGUGGCAACACUGUUCAAUGACGAGUGACAAUCUGUCAAAGAAAAUCAUUAUCCAUAAAGAGUAGGGUUAAGUUAACUUCAUUUUACGUAACUCAUUUUUUGUGGUGAGGAUUCAUAAAUUUUUCGUGUAUUCUUCAUCAAACUCUUAAAAAUGUUCAGAACAACAGCAGUUCGUGCUCAAUCUAUUUUGAGGACUGUUAUGGCUACAUCAAAGAUGAAUGUAGCAUCUUCCACAAGGUUAAUGUCAAGCCACAGCACUGAGACAGACGAUCAAUUCGACACUCGAUUUGAAAAUUUUUUCAACCGCAAGGACAUUGACGGUUGGGAAAUCAGAAGAGGUAUCAAUGAUCUGUGGGGACACGAUUUGGUUCCAGAACCGAAAAUUCUCAUUGCUGCUCUCAAAGCUUGCCGUAGAGUAAAUGACUUUGCUCUCGCAGUUAGGAUUCUGGAAGCUGUUAAGGACAAAUGUGGAAGCAAGGUCGACGUAAUUUAUCCAUAUAUCAUACAGGAAAUUCAACCGGCAUUGAAAGAAUUGGGCAUCAGUACACCAGAAGAACUAGGUUUUGAUAAACCUGAAUUGUAUCUUGAAAGUGUUUACAAUAUGUAAUUUCUAUAUAAAACUAGUGUAUAAAUUUACUGUAUAUUCUUAGUUCAUUCACUAGUAGGUAUAAAGAUUUGCUUGGGAGUUUCUUUC